AUGUCGCUCUACAACUUCACGUACGUCCUCAUCGGAGACUCAGGUGUCGGCAAGACAUGCCUGCUGGUGCCGUUCCUCCACAAGGAGUUCCACCCCGUCCUUGAUUUCAACAUCGACAUCGAGUGCGGGGACAAGAUGAUCACCAUCGACAACAAGCCCGCCAAGCUCCAGGCAUGGGACGGCGCUGGCCGACAUGCAUUCAGAUCGUUAACUACACCACUAUACGACGAGGCUGUCGGUGCUCUCUUGGUUUAUGACAUCACCAGGAGGGAGACUUUUAACCAUCUCACCAACUGGCUACAAGAUGCAAGGAAAUAUGCACACUCUGGCAUGACAAUAAUGCUGAUAGGGAACAAAUGUGAUCUAUCGCACAGCCAUGCCGUGAGCUAUGAGGAAGGCGAGCGGUUCGCAAAGGACCAUGGUCUGCUCUUCAUGGAGGCAUCUGCAAAAACUGCACAGAAUGUUGUCGAGGGUUUCCUUCAGACUGCUGUAGCAAUAUACAAGAAAAUUCAGGAUCCUUCAUCCGGUCUAUAUAAUUAG